AUGGAAUUUCUAUCGGACGUUGGGGGGGCGAGGACCGCCACCGACCCUCCUUCUUCGAGCUUGCUGCCCAAGGUAGACUGGCCGGCAGAACUCUGGCUCCCCACCGCCGUCCCUAACCGGCUGACACGAAGUCCGAUCGCUACGUAUCUCUUGCCGCACAGAACAACUGCGCGACUUACUUGCACCCGUCGUUCGAUAUAUACUCUCGGUACGCUUGGCAGUUGUGACUUAGAAUUGUGCAUGGCACCGUGCAUGCGCGCCAUCGUGCAAGGGUUACUGAUGGGGGUUGUCGCUCUCGCAAUAGGUCUUUGCGCAGCGCAAUCCUCGUUAUCUGCUGCGGAUUGUCAAUCGGCACGACGAGUUCUUUGCUGUCGUUAUGUUUUUCGUGGAGCGCCACUACCUUAAGGCCUGGGGUACGUGACAAGCUAGCCGGACCGACCGCUGUUACUCACGUGACCUUCUCGCCGCUCCGCGAUCCCCCUCGGCAUGCCAGGUGCUUCGUUUGCGGAGAACUUUUACUGCCUCAAACGAAGACGAGUGCUUGGUACCGGCUCGGACAAGACUAAAGCCGCGGUCGGAUUGACCGGUCGGAGUGACAAGCUCGGCAAGGCCGAAAUCCGCGCUUCUCUCAUCUUCCUCGUAAGUUUGUUGCACUCGGCUGUCGGAGAGGACAAUCAGUUUUCCUUCCCCUCUCUACAUAUGUAUACAUGCUGCUAAUACACCUGAACCUACGCCUAUGGAGCCCCCCAGAUUCUUAUGCCAUACCUUCGAAGCAAAGGGCAGGAAUCAUACGAGCGACUCGGUGGCGGGGUUGACUCGGACCUGUUUAGCGACACACCCGACGGCCAACGAUCGCAGUUGGGGACAUCGUCGCGAGUGAGCCCGAGUAAUCCGUCGCACAUAAAUAUCACGAGUACACGUGGCCACCCGUCUGACGAUUAUGUGCAUGCUUGCGUGGCUGGUGCGUUGCAGAGCUACCUCGACGCCGCCUCUGGAGUCUUUAAAAGCAUUUACCCGUACGCGAAUGCAGCGUACGAGUUGUACCUUCUUUCGUACAGCGUUCGAUACCUUUUCAACAUUAAUCCUUUCUGGCGCCCGUGGUUCUCCUGGAUGUCGAUUGAGGUUCGCCGGAUGUCAGCCGAAGACUACGUGAGUGCGCCCCCCUCCUGCCCACCAAAAAAAAACGGCCCGCUCACUCCGUACUGACCAGACGCAUGCCACGACUAUAACGCAGCGAACGGCGCAUGAAACAACAUCGAAUCUUCUGUCGUCACCGAUCCGCCGGCACCACACCACGGGCUUGCCACCGUCCUACGCUACCGUCAUGCGGCGCAGCCUUUCCCUUAUUCCACUAUUGUCGUUCGAGGCCCUCAAGUUUUUGUUACCAACCUCAAUCUUCUUCUUCCGAUUUCUGGAAUGGUGGUACUCUCCUGAAGGAGGCUACGGGAGGCUGCGCAGGAAAGGUGGGGCAGGGGCAGAAGGGAAAGCCUUGCGAGCCCCUCCGCCGGCGCCAUUGUCGAAGGAUCACGCAGCGGAGAUGGGCAUGUGUUGCGUUCACAACGGACCGAUGGUCAAUCCGACUGCAUUACCAACUGGGUGGCUUGGGUGUUACAAAUGUGUGCAUGGAUGGGUGGAGGAAGAGGGGGCUUGUCCAGUUACUGGGAGUUCAGUCGCACUGAGGGAAUUGAGGAAGAUCCUAGGUUGA